AUGACGUCAAGAAAAUGUCUGUCAACUUCCAGGACUGGGGCCAUCAGCACCACGGCAGCCUCCGACCUGACGGUGUACACGGGGUCCAACGUCAUGCCUUUUGAGACCAGUGUCCCUGGCGUCAUUAGGCGAACAGUCGCCACAGUCGCCACACACGCAAGUUACGACCCGAAGUACUUAGCAAACGACAUCGCCCUCCUUGAAUUGACCACACCCAUCACAUUUGACACGUGCCACAGACCCAUCUGUCUGGUCGACGGUUCCAAAACUCCACAAAUGGCAUCAGGCUGUAGAGCUAUGGGCUGGGGCAAAAAUUCCAGUAGCACCACAGGUACCAUCCAGAGCACCAUGCUGUGGGUGGAUGUACCUGUCGUGUCUGACGUCACCUGCCAGUCCAACUACGGCCUCUACUACCACGGCAGUAACUUCUGUGCUGGCUCACCUGGAAUGGAUUCCUGUCGGGGCGACUCUGGCGGUCCACUAGCCUGUAAAGAAGCAGACGGCCGCUUCUACGAGUACGGCAUCGUGUCUGCAGGUCCCGAGUACUGUGGCUCGUCUGCUGGCCUCUACACCAAGGUCUCCAGCUUUCUGCCCUGGAUAGAACAGAUGAAAACAUUAAUGGCGACAGCUGCUUAGAUGAAGACAACGUUCCGAAUAGUUGCAUAUGAACUGUCUUCAAUAAAUCAAAGAACAAAAGCA